AUGUCUUACAUAUUAAUCGGCGGGAUCAUGAAAAUAAGAGGGAAUGAGAAGGGAAAAGGGGGGAAAAUUUUAUCGGGCUAUUAUGUCUUCACCGAGCAUCUCCUCCCUCUCCUUCACCUCCCUGGCCUUCAGCUCCGCCUUGGACCGCUCCAGCUCCACCACCAUGGCCCUCAGGCAGGCGAUUUCCUCAACGGCAUGGCAACUUGGGUCAGCACCAACGUGGCAUCAGCCUUCUUCGCGUCUCUGGAGCGUUGCUCCUGCAUCAAUCUGUCCACGACCGACAUGGACGACGACGACAAUGGGGAGGAGGCCAAGGACCGACCUUUGAUGCUCACCAGUGAGUCCCCAAAAAGCGACGUCGUCAAUAGUAGUUGUCGAUCCUGACGUCUCCGAACAACUCCAUCUCAUGCUUCACCUUUUUUGUCGCUAGCACCAGAGGGGGAGCCGGCGAAUAGGAUGACUCCAUCGUGGCCGCCAUUGACGAUGACUAUGACUAUGACGAUGACAAUGGUGAUGGAUUUUCGCCGCCUUUGGAAUUUGGAGCUUAGCGAUGAAAAUGAUUUUAGGGUUAUUUGACUAAAAGGGAUAUCAAA